UCUUAAAGGUGAACUAUAAAGCACUAUUUCAGGGUAUUGACGGAAUAUCUAUCGAACUUGUAAAUUUCUGGUUACACUCUAAAAAAGUGUAGCAAAGGAAUGAUCUAAUCGUCUUAUCAACGGCCAUCUUUUGGUUGCCUUGGGUAAAGUGUUACCUUACAAAAUGAAUAAUCUAAUGAAUAGCCGUGCUAUUCUAAAUUGUUUGCAACAAGGAAGCAAACAAAUUGUAAGGAAGUCGCAUUAUGCUUUAAGUACUGUUGGUAACAGAGACAUUGUUGGUUCUGGAUAUAAUAAUACACCUGCAUAUGUAGAUCGCACAGAUUUUCCAAUGCCUGCAAUCCGUUUUAAAGCUAAUACUCCAGACGUGCUGGCUUUAAGAGAAAAAGAAAAAGGAGACUGGAAAAAACUUUCAAUAGAUGAAAAAAAGGCAUUAUAUCGUGCCAGUUUUCGUUGUACAUUUGCAGAAAUAGAUGCACCUACAGGAGAGUGGAAACUUGCUAUAGGAUAUGGAUUAGUAAUUACAUGUAUUGCAGUUUGGUAUUAUAUGUUCUAUAAACUAUAUGUACUCCCACCUCUACCACCUUCAUUCGAUGAGGAGAAUCAGCUCGCUAUGUUAGACCGUAUUAUAAAACUUGACAUGAAUCCCAUAACAGGAAUUACUGCAAAAUAUAAUAAAUAAUAUAAUACUAGGACAAGUAGAUGAAAAUAUAAUUGUAUAAUAUCUUAAUAUGAACGUUCCAUGUACAAAUUAUUUGAGGAAGUUCAAAUAAAUACUUUAAGAUUACA